AUGGCGUCCAAGUACAUGCAAUUGGCAAAAGAAAUCGUCAAGAACUUUGGAAACAAGGGCAAUUUCGCAGGAGUUUCCGGAGCAGGCAACUGUAGAGCGAUUCAUGCUGAAGAAGGAAAUAUUCGAGUGGAGUUUGAAGUGGAGAAGGAUCAAACGAAUCACUUUGAAACUCUUCAUGGCGGUUGCACCGCUACAUUGAUCGACAAUUACACCACUGCAGCUCUUCUCCUUACGAAGCAAGCUAGGCCAGGAGUUUCUGUCGAUCUUCAUGUGACAUAUCUGUCUGCUGCGAAAAUUGGAGAAACUCUCGUCCUCGAUUCCACUGUUACCAAGCAAGGACGCACUCUUGCAUUCACUAAGGCCGAAUUGUAUCGCAAGCGAGACAACGUGAUGAUUGCGACUGGAGUUCACACCAAAGCAUUCCCAGCCAUGAAAAAGUCUGAAUGA